GAGUUGGGUGGUGACUUGGGAGACUCGUUGGCCCACGGCAUUCCUAUUGGUUUAUUGGUGACGUGAUGACACGGAGGAGUUGGGCGCCACACUUUAUAAAGGUCCUGCGUCCGCGGCGAGCCACUCUUUAAAAGACCCCUGUUGCUGAAACUUCCCACUCCGCAACUCACGCGCUGGGAGCAGGCGAGAACCCGCGGCGUCACCGUCCAUCAUGAGCGAGAGACAAGGAUCUGGAGCAGCCGCCGGCAACAACAAGACGUCUGGAGGACAAGACGCGUCCAAGACGGACGUCCCCGAGGACUUUGACAUCGACAUGGACGACCCAGAGACCGAAAAGGCGGCGGUCGCCAUCCAGUCCCAGUUCAGGAAGUUCCAGAAGAAGAAGCGCGACGAGAAGUCCUAGUGAGCGCCGCGCUGCUCGGCCACAGCGGCGACGGUGUGACAUUUGCAUGUAAACAGAUUCAUACCAGUUGGAAUCCUGGGCGACAGGGUUGUGGGGGGGGGGUCGCGGGGUGAGGAAUGCAAUAGGUAGUUCAUUAUAUGACAUGUCUGUGAAUUUUCAUUAUUUGACUGCUGUCUCUAAAUACAUGACAGAGUUCCACAGUUUGAGUUUCUGUCCUAGCACAUGCUCCAUAUUUCAUCAUGUCCGGCCUGUGUUUGUGUUUUUGUAUUUAUUUCACCCCUCUAGUUAUAUCUGCAUCAUCACUUCUGUCUCCCACAAGGACCACAUUUACCAGAACUCACCUGCCCAUCUUACACCGACAGCUGAUUUUAGGAACCUUAGCCUGGAGCUUUCCAUCCUCGAGAAAACAUUUCACCCAGAGGCAUAUUUCUUACCCGCAUGGAACUAUCAAGCUGUCUGUCAAUGUACAUUGAAUAAAUAAAGACUGUGUGUGGAA